AUGGAUUAUAUCAUAAAUAUUAUUAUAUAUCUUGGUUUUUGUACUAGUCUCUUGUUAUUCUAUUGUCUACGUGAUACUUUAAUUGGACGUGUUGUAAAGACUAUUUUAAUGAAACCAUUCUAUGUGAUAUGGUCAACAACUGUUCCUCUUGUUGUCAGGAAAAUGAUUGGUGAAACAAUACAUUGGUUCUUAUUUGAAAGACAUUGUGUUUAUCAAGUUAUCUAUCUUAGUUGUAUCAUUAUUGGGCAUUACAUAUUGAUUAUCGAUGUUAUCACUGUACUCUAUCGUUAUUCAUGGCUGGAAAAUAAUAUAUUCCUUGGGACUGGAUGUUUAUUUUUCAAUGGAUUACUGUAUAUGCUAUUGUGUUUUAGUGAUCCAGGUUUUAUUAAUUCACGAAAUAAAUCAGUGUAUGCGCAUAUUUAUGAAUAUGAUAAUUUUAUCUAUACGCCUAAACAAUGCACUGUAUGCUGUCAUGUAAUUCCGGCGAGAGCUAAACAUUGUUUUCGAUGUGAUCAUUGUAUCUUUCGAUUUGAUCAUCAUUGUGUAUGGACAAAUUGUUGUAUUGGUGGACAAAAUCAUGGACUAUUUAUUACCUUUCUAUUCUCAUUAUGCUUAAUGAUUGGCAAUGCUAUCUGGUUAUGUUGUCGUAUGCUUUACACCUUCACAAUACACGAGAAUUUAUGGCAAGCACAUUACUUGGAUGAAUAUGAUCAAAUGCAUCCAAUGGAUUGGCUUACAUUAUCACAGCAUCUAUUCGUCACAUUUCCUCGUGUUAUCGGAAUGCUCGCCAUGCUGAUUAUCGCUGAAUUAUUCUUAAUUAAUUAUUUAAUAUUCCAUCUAUGGCUUAUUCUUAUCAAUUGUACAUCCUAUGAAUACUUUCAAGGCAGAAAGAAACAAUCGAUAAUGUCAAGAAAGUCUUUCUCAGGUAGACACAAUCAUCAUCAACACCAUCAGCAUUAUCGUCAUUAUAAUAUUGCUGAUGGCAAUGACCUUGAUAACAUUGAUGAUGAUGGUGAUGAUGAUAUUGUCGAUGACGUCGGUGAGGAUCAGAGGAAGAUGAUGCGACAGUCAUUUAUCAAUCAUGAAGUAAUUCAUACAGGUAGGUCAACAUUUGCAUCAACUAUCAAUGCGGAACAAGAUCGAUCAAGAGAGAAUUGGAGAAAUUAUUAUUCAAACAGUGGGAAAAAUGACGUCUAUCCUAUGCAACAGAGAAAGAAUCAGCAUUAUAGACAAUUUUAUAAUAAAGGUGUAUGGAAUAAUAUCUUGGAAGUGUAUUCACAGAGUACAUCCUAUUCACUGAGGGAAAUGAAACAUCGUCUACCUGUACAAUUGACAUUUAAAACUCGUUGAAAUUGCUGUGCUGAUUUCUUCAUUCUAGCAGUCAAGAUA